AUGGUGGUCAAUUCAGUGCACUGGUUUCGCAAAUGUCUUCGUUUACACGACAAUCCGGCGUUGCAAGAGGCCCUCAAUGGAGCUAAUACAGUUCGGUGUGUUUAUAUACUGGACCCGUGGUUUGCUGGCGCCGCCAACGUGGGAAUCAAUCGAUGGAGGUUUCUGCUGGAGGCAUUGGAGGACUUGGACUGCAGUCUGAAGAAGCUAAACUCCAGAUUGUUUGUCGUCAGAGGUCAGCCUGCAGAGGUUUUCCCAAGGCUUUUUAAGGAAUGGAAAAUGACAAGGUUAACUUUCGAGUAUGACCCAGAGCCAUAUGGGAAGGAGAGGGACAGCGCCAUUAUCAAGAUGGCCCAAGAACUUGGAGUGGAAACUAUUGUCAGAAACUCCCAUACUCUCUACAACUUGGACAGGAUAAUUGAGAUGAACAACAACAGCCCUCCACUGACCUUUAAGAGGUUUCAGACAAUUGUGAGCAGGCUCGAGUUACCCAGGAGACCACUGCCUCCCAUCACCCAAAAGCAGAUGGACAAAUGUCGCACUGAAAUUUCAGACAACCAUGAACACCUUUACAGUAUACCUUCACUGGAAGAAUUGGGCUUCAGGACCGAAGGUUUGCCUCCAGCAGUGUGGCAUGGAGGAGAAUCUGAAGCAUUGGACAGACUAAACAAACAUCUGGACAAAAAGGUGUGGGUGGCUAACCUUGAGCGUCCUCGGGGGAACAUGUGCUCUCUGUAUGCCAGUCCAACCGGGCUUAGUCCUUAUUUGCGCUUUGGUUGCCUGUCCUGUCGGGUACUCUACUACAACCUCAGAGAGCUAUACAUGAAGCUCCGAAAGCGUUGCAGUCCUCCAUUGUCCCUUUUUGGCCAAUUGUUAUGGAGAGAAUUCUUCUACACUGCCGCCACCAACAAUCCGAACUUUGACCGGAUGGAUGGAAACCCAAUUUGUGUUCAGAUUCCUUGGGAUCAAAAUCCAGAAGCAUUAGCCAAAUGGGCUGAGGGCCGGACUGGAUACCCCUGGAUUGACGCCAUCAUGACUCAGCUCAGAGAGGAGGGCUGGAUACAUCGCGUGGCUCGGCAUGCUGUAGCUUGUUUCCUCACCAGAGGUGACCUGUGGAUAAGCUGGGAGAGUGGGAUGAAGGUGUUUGAGGAGCUGCUGCUGGAUGCAGACUGGAGUGUAAAUGCGGGCAGCUGGAUGUGGCUGUCUUGUAGUGCCUUCUUCCAGCAGUUCUUCCACUGCUACUGUCCUGUUGGUUUCGGAAGAAGAACUGACCCAACAGGAGACUACAUCAGGCGUUACAUUCCCAUCUUAAAGGACUACCCAAAUCGCUAUAUCUACGAGCCCUGGAAUGCUCCAGAGUCUGUGCAGAAGGCAGCAAACUGUGUAGUGGGAGUGGAUUAUCCAAAACCAAUGAUCAACCACGCUGAGAGCAGUCGACUCAACAUUGAGAGGAUGAAACAAGUUUACCAGCAACUCUCACAUUACAGAGGACUCAGUUUGCUUGCAUCAGUACCAACAAUCCAAGAGGAGGCAGAGCCCCUGAUGACUGAUGAGUCCCAGACCAGCAGCGGGCCUGACUCCCCUUCCAUCGUUAACGAAGAAGCGGCUGGCUGCUCCACAGCCCCUGAUUCAUCCACUGUCUGCACAUCUUCUAACACUGUUUUACACCCAGAACUGGAGGGGGAUGCAAUGACAUGCUUGACCCCCACACCCGCCAACACUUCAGAUUCACACAUGCAUGCUUCUGCAGCCAUAACAUCAACAUGUGCAGCUCAAUCAGCAGUUGUAGGUUCUCCUCCUUCACUGGUAUCAACACCAGCCCAGAACCCCUUAUCAAGAUCAAAGAUGUGCGCACCUUCUUUGGCGUGUUCCACAGCCCAAACCCAGACAUGUUCUUUGGGACCAAGAAGGAAAAGCUUUACCCGUAAGGUGCGCCGUGGCCAGAGGCAACGAGGGCGACUCGGCUGCCAUGCAGUAGCCAGAGAGGGAGAGAGGAGAGGUGAUGAGGAAGAGAUUGAGCCAGGAGGGGGGAAUGAAAAGAUGGAUGAAGGUGUAGAGAUGGAGGAAGAGAGAAUGGAGGAGGAAUCCUAUGCAGGAAAUCCACAGUAA